GGCUGUCAGUGUUUUUUGUUUCACAUUGAACUCAAGUAUCUAUAAACCUAUACCCGUGAAAGACCGGCUCAGUCUAUCAGACAUGAAACCUGCGGUGGACGAGAUGUUUCCCGAAGGUGCUGGACCAUAUGUGGACCUGGACGAGGCUGGGGGAAGCACAGGACUGCUCAUGGACCUGUCCGCCAAUGAAAAGGCAGUGCAUGCAGACUUCUUCAACGAUUUUGAAGACCUGUUUGACGACGAUGACAUCCUGUAAGAGAAGCCGCACAUCCUCUGUGCGUUGAUAGACCGUAUUCAACCCUCUUUCCCCUCUUAACUUUUUGUGGGCGCCAAACCCGGCAUUUUUUGCCCUAAUAACAUACAAUUUGGCUUUCAUGGUUGUCCCAUUUCUGCCGGGUUUUAAAGCAGCCUUGAAAAAAAUGGCCACAAGAUCCAGAUGUUGUGAAAUAGCUAACAUCGCAGGGAUUCUUUCAUAUGGUUAAAUUAUGAGGCAGUAUUGCGCUGGUGAUUUGGACCCAGUUGAAGCUGGAUUGUAGGUUUGUGCGCGGCUAAAACACCUGUUAGCUUCAGUAGUAAUUACAUGUGAUGGGCAGAGGCUCCAAGGCCCUAAACUGCUGCAGAUGGGAUCAUAUGAUAAAUGUGCGGUGCAAAGGAGGGCUACUGAAAAUAUUCAAAGGUGCACUAUGGAACUUUUCUGGUUGUUCUGUCAAGGAGAUUGUAUGAUUUGCCUGGAAUGUUCCACAGUAUGACAUUAAAUCUAUGUACAUGGAGACAACCAGGUGACGCUACAAGGCCAAGUUACGUAUCAGAUCUGCGGAGAUGUAAUCCCUUUUUUUGUCUUUAAUGUUUUGCAUGUUUUUGAGCAACAAAAAUGCCUGCAAUUGAAUUUAUCUCACUUCAAAGAUGUUCAGGUUCAUCUUCCAAGGUUAUUGUUGAAUAAUUCAAUUUAAUAAUGUAUUGUGAAACAUUCCAGGUUAAGCAAUAUAUCCAUACUGGCGGAACCCCAACUGGGAAAGUUGCACAGUGCACCUUUACAGUAAGAUAA